AGAAACUUUUUAUUACAACAACCGGUCCUUGUGAAAAUACAGAGUAGAGACUAGAGAAGAAAAAUGAUACUGAAUUAUGCUUCUUCUCCGUUUAUCCAUUGGAACAAAACUCCAAAGAAAACGGUAUAUUCUGCUUCUACUGCUAAUUUAAAUACGGAGAAGCUUAGAGAACAAUUAGACCAUCUUCACAAGGAAGCACAAACCACAAGAAACAAAGCGAAUAAUGCAAGAUCGAGGCUACUUCGGUUGUCUGAAGCAGCGGAAAAAUUUCGGCGACAAGCAGCCGUUAGUAUUCAAACUGGAAAGGAGAAUGACGCCAGGGAGCUACUUUUUCAAAAGAAGAAGAUUAUGCAAGCCAUGGAGAAGUCGAAGAGCCGCAUUGAAUUGCUUGAUGAACUUGCGGCAAAGCUUAAUGAGGCAAUAUCGAUGAGGGAGAAGCAGUUAAUCGGAAAUGUUGCUUUUGACCUUGAUAUUGCUAUAGAUGAUGAUGCCCCAAGUCCUGUUCGAAUAGUAUCUCCAAAGGAUGAAAAUCCAGAUAAUUCAGAUGAAAAUGAAGACUUUGACCAGGAAACUAUAAAAUUAGAUGAUAGCCAAGAAUUGCAAGCUCCCAAUGAUAAUAAUGCAGAACGUAUAACUGAUUAUGAAUUGAAAAAUCUCGAGGCAUCAACAAGUGGGAACAUGUCCAAGGAAGCCGACAGGAUCGGUAGUUUAAAGGGGGUAUCCUCAUAUGAGGAGUUUUUGGAACAUAUAGACCAACAACUAAGAGACAUUGAAGUAGAGCUUAUCACCUUUUUGAGAUUUUCAUCCUUAAUACUUGAAAGCAAAGAGAAACUAGAAAACUCAAAGGUACAGCAAGCACUGGAUGUUCUCGAGGGUGUUCAUCAGCUUAGAGGGAGAAUUGCAAGCAUAGUGCAGAAAAAAGCAGAUUUACAUUGAAGCUUUCUUUCACUAUAUGCAAUUCCUGCAGUGGUCGAUGCUAAGGCAAAAGUUUAUUUCUUUGCGUUUCCUGUUGGUGGUGGGACUUCAGUAAGCUCUUAAGCGCUCUUUCAGAAGAUCAAGUUGCUGUAAGAUGAUAAGAUAUAUGCUUCGUGAACAACAGGAGAAAACUACAGCCUUCUUUCACUGGUAGAUAUGAAAUUCAUCACGUUCUUGUGUACUAAUAUAUUUCUGCAUUUUACCAUCUCCGUCAAAUCUUCUUUUCUAUUGUACAUUCAAGCAAUCAUAUCUCAAGUAUCCAUUUUGCGUCACUAUGUGCUCUAUAAGGUGGUUCAAUUUUAUAGCUGGAUUUUUACAAAGUGUCAUCUGGUCAUUGGUUAGUGUGCUUAUGUUGCCCAGACAAUCUGAUGGUUGAUUACAUAUUGAAAGGACAAAGAUGAUAAUACUAUGCAGAACUUGUGGCAAUUUUUUUGUUACUCAUUCAGACAGUCGUUACGCAGUACUUUUAUCUAGUAUCUAGAAAACUGCAUCUAGAAGGAUGUACUUCUUUGCUGUUUUUUUUUUUUUUUUGUGUGGGUUUGGAGGGGCUCCCUCUUCCUUUUGUUCGUAUAUAGUUAGUCACCUGGAAAAUUAAAUUGUCAUCAACCAUUCAUCUGCGAGGUCUGCAGUAGUAAGUUUUCAACAGUUGCUGAUGUAAACGAUAUCAAACUGAUUGCUGAUUUACAAGAUGUCAUCUUUUCUUAUUUUCCUCAUCUUCUUGAACUUGGACAUGAUCUACUCUCAUUUACUGCAGCAGUAGAAUAUUACUUGGCACAUUUUCUGUGCUCUGAGAACACUAUAUAUGCUGUAACUUUAGUUUAGUUUAUAACUCAUCCUGUUGCUGAUGAAAGCUUGGCAGUUUUUCUCGUGAGAAUAUACCGGGAAAGCACAUCUGAUUGCAAAUAUCCUUUAAGGCGGGCUGUUUGCCAGUCUGAUUGAAAUUGGAGAGCAUAAAAAAGGUGCAAAACAUUGUCAUCGGAUAAACUUUAUCAGUGUAUUCAGGCAGGAAACUGGUAUGAUUUUUCAGUCAAUAGUUGGUUCCUAUAUCCACAUUCAGGUUAUUCAUAGUAAAUGUAGGUUACCUCUGUGCUUAUGUUGCCCAAACAAUUUGAUGAUAUAUUAUCAAUUAUCAAUCUUGUUUAAAUCUCUUACU